AUGACAACAAACAAUACAAAUUCUUACGAUCAAAAAGAAGAAAAACAACAACAACAACAACAGCGUGAAACUUUGGAAAAUUUCGAUAAAAUGUCAAGUGAUCUUCCGUGGAACAUGAAAGAGAAAAAUAAAACCAAAAAAAAAUUCGAUGAAAUGGAAGAACAAAAUCUAUCAGCAAAAAUGAGACAAUUAUCAACAACUACAACACAUGAAAAACAUUCUAUCAAGAUACUGAAAGAGAUCAGAGAUCAGCUUGAAAUAAUUCCAAAUUAUUUAACAAAACAAAAUAUAUCUUUCAAAAAAUCGAUGCAUCAAGUCUUAUCGUCGAUGAUAACAGCAGCAGCAACAACAGAAAAUUCAAACAAGAAUGUUAAUAAUAUCGAUGAAUUAAGAAAAAUAGCUAUUUUACUUUAUAAAAUUAUGGUUAUUCAAACUUAUCAAUAUUUAUGGGAAACUUAUUUCAAAUCAGGUACUGGACAAUUGAUGGUUCCAUUUGAAACAAAACAAAAGCUAUGCUAUCCGACAACUUUAUCAAUAUGGCCGAAAGAAAUAAAAACUAUUGCAUUAUCAAACAAGAAAGAUAAAACAAAUGAAAAUGAAAUUUGUUUAAAAUUUGCCAGUGGUCAUUUAUAUGCAUUGCAAAAUCAAUUAAAAGAAUAUCAACAAGAAUUGAAUAUUAAAGCAAAUAAUUAUCCAGGUUAUACAUUGUCAAUUCAAGAAAUAAUUAAAACAUAUAUUGAAGAAAAUCUUAAUGUUACUUUAUGUAAAAGAAUUCAACAUCAAGUAGAACUGAUUCAUUAUGAUUAUCAUAUUCGAGCAUUAAAGUUAGAAUAUCUUCGACAUAAACCAAAUGAAUAUCAAAAACAAUUAAUGAUACAAAUUUGUCAAAGUCAAUAUGAACAAGAAACGUCAGAACAAGAAUAUGAAUUUUUGAAACAACAAAUUGCAUAUUACAAUUUACCAAGUCAAUCAUUUGAAUGCUCAACAAUAUCUCAUCAUCCGUCAAUUGAUUCUAUUCAAAAUGUAACCAUUCGAGAAGCAUUAAUGAAACAAUUUAAAGAAGUUGCUAUACAAUCGAGAAAUAAAUUAUUUAAUUUGUAUCUAGAAUCAGCUAAAGAUCAACGAGAAGAAUAUAAAAAGAAACAUGAAGCUAAUAUAAAGAAAAUGGAUGCGUCUCAACAUACAUUGAAUAAUAAUGAAAAGUUAUCUUCAACAUUCUUACAACUUAUUAAUCAACGUUGUAAUAAAAUUAGUGAACGUAUUAAAUGCAUCUAUAAAUUUAAAUCUGAAUCAAUUCCUUCGAAGUCGUAA